GGGGGCUAGCGUAGUUUGGGAUGAUCUAAACGUCACGUUUGUCAUCUUCCUCUCUCUUUCCCUCGUUCUUCGUGGUCAUAAAUAUAUAAUAAUAUUAAGUAAAAUUAUACAAAAAUAAAUUCUGGGUUCGUUGAAUUUUGUGUAAAAAAUGAGUCUUUAUACAGAAAAUUCAACUUCAAAUUGUUUCCUGACCAGUCAUUAAACCACUCCAACUUUGCUUAUUUAGUUUUUAUACAAAGUGGGGUUGUAGAAAAUUCAGUUUUCUUGAGGUUUUUUAUUAAUUUUCAGCUUUUGGGUAUUAGCUAUUAACUCAUUUUGAUGAAGGGGUAGUUGGGUUUUGAUAAAGUUUUGACCUUUUUGGUGUUUGAAGUGAGGGUUUAUGCACAGCUGUUUUUUUUUUUUUUUGGGUUUUCUUGAUUUCAAUGGUGUAAUUUUGUCUGAUGCGGUGUAUGUAUUAAAGUUUUAAGCGGUUGCUUUUUGGAAGUUUUUGUACUUAGUCAACUAUUUGAAGGGGGUUUGUAGUUUAAUUUUGUUUCUGUAGAGUUUUGAGUGUAUGAACUGAGGUUGAUGAUGAUGUGAAGAUUGGUAGAAAAGGCUAUAAGAGUGGUACUUCUGGGAUGCCAAGUUUCAUUUCUCAGAUUCCAGUUUCAAAUCACAUGGGCACUGAAGGGAACAAUACAAAUACUUCUCGAAUGUCUGAAUUUGGGGUGCUUGAGCAAUAUCUUGGAUUCCGUAUUGGAGAUGGUGCUAAUGUUAAUCGAAGUCCCCUAUUUAAUUCAACAUCUGCAGCUAAUCCAGCAGUGGGAUUUGACGUCUCUGGAACCAUCAAUAGGAAUUUAGCUCCUUCAAAUACAAGUUUGUCUACUGCUGCUCCGGGAUCUCAUGUAAUACAAUUGCAAUCAAACUUAGUUCCUGCAGCCGGCACUCAUCCUGAGAAUUGGGGCGAGUCCAACAUGGCAGAUUCUGGUUCUCGCACUGAUACUUCAACUGACAUGGAGGGAGAUGAUAGAAAUCAAAGGAUUGAGACGGGUCAAUCCAGGGCUAUUGCAGCUUCUGAUUCCAGUGACAAAUCAAAAGAAAAAGUCUUGGAUCAGAAGACAUUACGGAGACUUGCCCAAAAUCGUGAAGCUGCUAGAAAAAGUAGAUUGAGGAAAAAAGCAUAUGUUCAACAGCUGGAGAAUAGCCGGCUGAAGCUAUCGCAGUUGGAGCAGGACCUUCAGCGAGCACGUCAACAGGGGAAGUACAUUUCAAACAUGGCAGAUCAAUCAAACGGAGCGGGUGCCAGUGGGACCUUAGCAUUUGAUGCAGAAUAUAGUCGAUGGUUGGAAGAACACAACAAACACAUCAAUGAGUUGAGAACCGCUGUCAAUUCACAUGCAAGUGACCCUGAACUGCGAAGUAUUGUGAAUAAUGUCACUGGACAUUACGAUGAGGUCUUUAGGGUGAAAGGAAAUGCAGCCAAGGCGGACGUAUUCCAUGUCUUGUCAGGGAUGUGGAAAACCCCUGCCGAGCGGUGUUUUAUGUGGAUUGGUGGCUUCCGCCCCUCGGAACUUCUUAAGCUUCUAGUCAAUCAGUUGGAGCCUCUGACCGAGCAACAGUUAGCUGGCAUUUACAACUUGCAGCAGUCAUCCCAUCAAGCAGAAGAUGCUCUUUCACAAGGUAUGGAGGCAUUGCAGCAAUCCUUGGCAGAGACAUUAGCUAACGGAUCUCCUGCUACUGAAGGGUCAUCAGGAGAUGUAGCUAAUUAUAUGGGUCAGAUGGCAAUGGCUAUGGGGAAAUUAGGGACUCUUGAAGGUUUUCUCCAUCAGGCGGACAACCUGCGUCAACAAACAUUGCAACAAAUGCAUCGCAUAUUGACAACCAGACAAUCAGCCCGUGCUCUUCUUGCAAUAAGUGAAUACUUCUCACGUCUUCGAGCUCUCAGCUCUCUUUGGCUUGCCAGACCACGAGAGCAAUAAGUAUGACAUGCAUCGCAAUAUUCUACUGAAACUCAGAUAUACUACUUCGAUACACUGGCCAGUAUAUGAGAUCCAGCUAAGUUACUAUAUGUAAAGUGGUAUUGUAUGUGCUUGUGGAAGUGCAAAAUUUGUUUUCUAUCUCCUUAGGUUUUUAGAAUACCAAAAUUUUACUUUGUGACUUAGGAACCAAUAAUGUACCUGUGUUUUUAGCUUUUACAAGGAAAAAGUUUGGUUAGGGAUAUUAAGAAGUGUAAUAGAUAUUUAGAAAGUUUUAUGCUUAA